AUGGCUGAAGUUGACUGGGAUUCGAAGACAGUGAUCGGGCAGAAGCGCACUGUAGCGAAAGUGACCAAAAAGGACUCUGAACUCAAUGCUGCACGAAGAGCUGGUGCUGUCGUUGGGACAGACAAGAAAGUGGCUGCAGGAGGCAAUAAAGCCCACCAGGGCACCGACCACCAGCGAAUAGCGAAAUUAGACCGUGACAACGAGGUUGCUCCACCAGCCAAAGUCGCCCCAUCGGUUGGCCGAGCGAUGCAAGAUGCCCGAAUGGAACUCAAACUGUCGCAGAAAGACGUCGCCCAGAAAAUUAACGAGAAGCCCUCAGUUCUCCAGGACUAUGAGUCUGGCAAAGCUGUGCCAAAUGCUCAGAUCCUCGGUAAAUUGGAACGUGUGCUGGGCGUUAAACUUCGAGGAUCAGAUAUCGGAAAGAAGUUGGAGUCGAAAACCAAAUCGACAUAG